AUGAGUAAUGAAGGCCCAGAUAAGUGUAAAUUGAAAUGCAAUAACUGCGGAAAGAUUGGACACUGGGCAGCUGAAUGCCAAGGUCCAGGUGGAGGCGUAUUCAAGCCAAAUCAUCCAAAUAAAGGCAGUCAACCAAACAGAAGAUUCAAUGCACCAGGAAAAGCUAGGAAUGGCAAUGCCCACAUGCAUAUAGCCAUAUCUAAUAACUCCAAACAUAAAGAAUAUGUGUUCUUGAUGCUUGAGGAUGAAAUAAGCCUGAUAGCAAUUGAUUGUAAUGCAUUCUUGGAUUAUACCAAGUCAUCCAGCUACAUUGCUGGAGUCACUGGCAAAGAGCCAAUCAUGGGCCAAGGCACUGUAGAGCUAUUCUCACAUGCCAAGUUUGCCUGCAAACCUAAUCAGCUUAUCAUUAGUAACUGA